AGUGACAACAGUGACAACAGUGACAACGGUGACAACAGUGACAAAGGUGACAACGGUGACAACAGUGACAAUGGUGACAAUCGUAAAAAUGGUGACAGUGGUGACAUCAGUGACAACAGUGACAAGGGUGACAACAGUGACAAUGGUGGCAAUGAUGACAACAGUGACAACAUUGACAAUGGUGACAACAGUGACAACAGUGACAACGGUGACAACGGUGACAACAGUGACAACGUUGACAACGGUGACAACAGUGACAAUGGUAAAAACGGUGACAAUGGUGACAACGGUGACAACGGUGAUAACAGUGACAAUGGAGACAACAGUGACAACGGUGACAAUGACAACGGUGAUAACAGUGACAAUGGAGACAACACUGACAACGGUGACAACGGUGACAACAGUGACAACAGUGACAACAGUGAGAAUGCUGACAACAGUAACAAUGGUGACAACAGUAACAAUGGUGACAACAGUGACAACGGUGAUAACAGUAACAACAGUGAAAAUGGGGACGAUGGUGACAACGGUGACAAAGUGACAACGGUGACAACAGUGACGAUGGUGACAAUGGUGACAACAGUAACAAUGGUGACAACAGUGACAACGGUGAUAACAGUAACAACAGUGAAAAUGGGGACGAUGGUGACAACGGUGACAAAGUGACAACGGUGACAACAGUGACGAUGGUGACAAUGGUGGCAACAGUGACAAUGUUGAUAAUGGUGACAACACUGACAAUGGUGCCAAUGGUGACAACAGUGACAAUGGUGACAAUGGUGACAACAGUGACAACGGUGACAACAGUUGCAAUGGUGAAAACGGUGACAACAGUGACAAUGGUGACAAGAGUGACAACGAUGAUAACAGUAACAACAGUGACAAUGGGGAAGAUGGUGACAACGGUGACAGUGACAACGGAGACAACAGUGACGAUGGUAACAAUGGUGAAAACAGUGACAAUGGUGACAAUGGUGACAACAGUGACAACUGUGACAAUGGUGACAACAGUGACAACGAUGACAACAGUGACAAUGGUGACAACGGUGACAACAGUGACAAUGGUGACAACAGUGACAACGGUGACAAUGGUGACAACAGUGACAACGGUGACAACAGUGACAAUGGUGACAAUGGUGACAACAGUGACAACGGUGACAAAGGUGACAACAGUGACAACGGUGACAAAAGUGACAAUGGUGACAACAGUGACAGUAAUGACAACACCAAGAAUGGUGACAACAGUGACAACGGUGACAAAUGUGACAACAGCGACAAUGGUGACAACAGUGACAACGGAGACAAGGGUGACUACUGUGACAACAGUGAAAACGGUGACAACACUGACAAUGGUGACAACAGUGAGAACGGUAAUAAUAGUUAUAACGGAGAUAACAGUGAGAACCGUAACAUUAGUGACAACGGUGCCAACGGUGACAACAGUGACAAUGGUGACAAUGGUGACAAUGGUGACAACAGUGACAGCGGUGACAACAGUGACAAUGGUGACAAUGGUGAAAACAGUGACAACAGUGAUAACGGUGACAACAGUGACAAUGGUCACAACGGUGACAACAAUGACAACACCGAGACUGGUAACAAAAGUGAGAACAGUGAAAACUGUGACAACGGUGACAAAGGUGAUAACAGUGACAACAGUGACUACUGUGACAACAGCGACAACACCGACAACGGUGACAACAUUGCCAACAGUGACAACGGUGAGAAUGGUAACAACGGUGAAAACAGUGACAACAGUGACAACGGUGAAAACGAUGACAACGGUGACAACAGUGACAAUGGUGACAACGGUGACAACAGUGAGAAUGGUGACAACAGUGACAACGUUGAGAAUAGUGACGACAGUGACAACGGUGACAACAGUGAUAAUGGUGACAAUGGUGACAACAGUGAAGACGGUGACAAAACUGACAAUGGUGACAACAGUGACAACAAUGACAACACCGAGAAUGGUGACAACAGUGACAACAGCAACAACGGUGACAAUUGUGACAACGGUGACAACAGUGACAACGGAAACAACAGAAACUACAGUGACAACGGUGAUAACAGUGACAACGGAGACAACAGUGUCAACGGUGACAACAGAAACAACACUGACAACGGUGACAACGGUGACUACAGUGACAAUGGUGAGAACACUAACAAUGGUGACACAGUGACAACGGGGACAACGGUGACAACAGUGACAAUGGUGACAAUGGUGACAAUGGUGACAAUGGUGACAACAGUGACACUGGUGACACCAGGGACAAAGGUCACAAGAGUAACAUUGAUGACAACACCGAGAUGGUGACAAGAGUUACAACAGCGAUGACGGUGACAACAGUGACAACGGUGACAACAGUGACAACGGUGACAAAGGUGAUAACAGUGACAACGGUGACUGCAAUGACAAUAGCGACAACGCCGACAACGGUGACAACAUUGACAACAGUGAGAACGGUAAGAAUGGUAAUAACGGUGAAAACAGUGAUAACAGUGACAGCGGUGAAAACGAUGACAACACCGAGAAUAGUGACAACAGUGAGCAGAGCGACAACAGUGACAACGGUGAAAACGGUGACAACAGUGACAACAGUGACAACGGUGACAACAGUGACACUGGUGACAAUGGUGACAAUGGUGACAACAGUGACAACGGUGACAACGGUGACAACAGUGACAACGUGAUAAUAGUGACAACGGUGACAACAGUGACAACGGUGACAACGGUGACAACAGUCACCACGGAGACAACGGUGACUACGGUGACAACAGUGAAAAUGGUGACAACAGUGACAACGGUAAUAAUGGAAACUACAGUGACAACGGUGAUAACAGUGACAACGGAGACAACAGUGACAACAGUGACAACAGCAACAACACUGACAACGGUGACAACGGUGACAACAGUGAAAACAGUGACAAUGCUGAGAACACUAACAAUGGUGACAACAGUGACAACGGUGAUAACAGUAACAACAGUGAUAAUGGUGACGAUGGUGAGAAUUGUGACACUGGUGACAAUGGUGACAACAGUGACAACAGUGACAACGGUGACAACAGUGACAAUGGUGACAACACUCGUGAAAACGAUGACAGUGGUGACAUCAGUGACAACAGUGACAAGGGUGACAACAGUGACAGUGACAACAGUGACAACGGUGACAACAGGUGACAACGGUGACAACGGUGACAACAGUGACAACGGUGACAAUGGUGACAACGGUGACAACAGUGACAAGGGUGGUGACAAUGGUGACAAUGGUGACAACGGUGACAACAGUGACAACAGUGACAAUGGUGACAACAGUGACAACAACGGUGACAACAGUGACAACAGUGACAACAGUGACAAAGGUGACAACGGUGACAACGGUGACAAUGGUGACAACAGUGACAACGGUGACAAUGGUGACAUCAGUGACAACAGUGACAACAAUGGUGACAACAGUGACAAUGGUGGCAAUGGUGACAACAGUGACAUGGUGACAAUGGUGACAAACAGUGACAACAGUGACAACAGUGACAACGGUGACAACGGUGACAACGGUGACAAAGUGGUGACAACAGUGACAAAGGUGACAACGGUGACAAUGGUGACAAUGGUGACACAGUGACAAUGGUGACAACAGUGACAACAGUGACAAGGGUGACAACGGUGACAACAGUGAACGGUGACAACGGUGUGACAAUGGUGACAAUGGUGACAAUGGUGACAAUGGUGACAACAGUGACAAUGGUGACAACGGUGACAACAGUGACAAUGGUGACAAUGGUGACAACAGUGACAAUGGUGACAAUGACAAGUGACAAUGGUGACAAUGGUGACAAUGGUGACAACAGUGACAACAAUGGUGACAAUGGUGACGGUGACAAAGUGACAAUGGUGACAACGGUGACAAUGGUGACAAAUAGUGACAAUGGUGACAAAUGGUGACAACAGUGACAAGGGUGACAACAGUGACAACGGUGACAACAGUGACAACAGUGACAAGGGUGACAACAGUGACAACGGUGACAACAGUGACAAUGGUGACAAUGGUGACAACAGUGACAACAGUGACAACGGUGACAACAGUGACAAAGGUGACAAUGGUGACAACAGUGACAAUGGUGACAAUAGUGACAAUGGUGACAAUAGUGACAAUGGUGACAACGGUGACAAUGGUGACAAUGGUGACAACAGUGACAAAUGGUGACAACAGUGACAACAGUGACAAUGGUGACAAUGGUGACAAUGGUGACAGUGGUGACAAGUGACAAGGUGACAACAGUGACAAUGGUGACAAUGGUGUGACAACAGUGACAAUGGUGACAACGGUGACAAUGGUGACAAUGGUGACAAUGGUGACAUGGUGACAAUGGUGACAAUGGUGACAAUGGUGACAACAGUGACAACGGUGACAACAGUGACAACGGUGACAACAACGGUGACAACGGUGACAACGGUGACAACGGUGACAAUGGUGACAAUGGUGACAAUGGUGACAAUGGUGACAAUGGUGACAACAGUGACAAUGGACAACGGUUACAAUGGUGACAACAGUGACAACAGUGACAAUGGUGACAAUGGUGACAAUGGUGACAAUGGUGACAAUGGUGACAAUGGUGACAAUGGUGACAAUGGUGACAAUGGUGACAUGGUGACAACAGUGACAACGGUGACAACGGUGACAACGGUGACAACAGUGACAACGGUGACAACAGUGACAACGGUGACAACGGUGACAAUGGUGACAACAGUGACAAUGGUGACAACAGUGACAAACGGUGACAACAGUGGUGACAAGUGACAAUGGUGACAACAGUGACAACGGUGACAACGGUGACAACAGUGACAAUGGUGACAACGGUGGUGACAAUGGUGACAAUGGUGACAAUGUGACAAUGGUGACAACGGUGACAACAGUGACAACGGUGACAACGGUGACAAUGGUGACAAUGGUGACAAUGGUGACAAUGGUGACAAUGGUGACAAUGGUGACAAUGGUGACAAUGGUGACAGUGACAACAGUGACAAUGGUGACAAUGGUGACAACAGUGACAAUGGUGACAACAGUGACAAUGGUGACAAUGGUGACAAUGGUGACAACAGUGACAACAGUGACAAUGGUGACAACAGUGACAAUGGUGGUGGUGACAAUGGUGACAAUGGUGGUGACAAUGGUGACAAUGGUGACAAUGGUGACAACAGUGACAACGGUGACAACAGUGACAACAGUGACAAUGGUGACAAUGGUGACAAUGGUGACAAUGGUGACAACAGUGACAAUGGUGACAAUGGUGACAAUGGUGACAAUGGUGACAAUGGUGACAAUGGUGACAACAGUGACAACGGUGACAACAGUGACAAAGGUGACAAACAGUGACAAUGGUGACAACAGUGACAAGUGACAAUGGUGACAACAGUGACAACAGUGACAAUGGUGACAAUGGUGACAAUGGUGACAACAGUGACAAUGGUGACAACGGUGGUGACAAUGGUGACAAUGGUGACAAUGGUGACAUGGUGAGUGACAACAGUGACAAUGGUGACAACAUGGUGACAACGGUGACAACAGUGACAAUGGUGACAAUGGUGACAACGGUGACAAUGGUGACAAUGGUGACAAUGGUGACAACAGUGACAAUGGUGACAAUGGUGACAACAGUGACAACGGUGACAACAGUGACAAUGGUGACAAUGGUGACAAUGGUGACAAUGGUGACAAUGGUGACAAUGGUGACAAUGGUGACAACAGUAACAUUGGUGACAACAGUGACAAUGUUGACAAGGUGACAACAGUGACAACGGUGACAAUGGUGACAACAGUGACAACGGUGACAACAGUGACAACGGUGACAACGGUGACAAAAGGUGACAACGGUGACAAUGGUGACAACGGUGACAACAGUGACAACGGUGACAACGGUGACAACGGUGACAACGGUGACAACGGUGACAAUGGUGACAACGGUGACAAUGGUGACAAUGGUGACAACGGUGACAACAGUGACAACAGUGACAAGGGUGACAAAUGGUGACAAUGGUGACAACAGUGACAACAGUGAGCAGAGUGACAACAGUGACAACGGUGACAACGGUGACAACAGUGACAACAGUGACAAUGGUGACAACAGUGACAACAGUGACAACAGUGACAACGGUGACACAUGGUGACAACAGUGACAAUGGUGAGUGACAACAGUGACAACGGUGACAGCAGCGACAAAAGUGAAAAUAGUGACAGCAGUGACAACGGUGACAACAGUGACAAUGGUGACAAUGGUGACAAUGGUGACAACGGUGACAACAGUGACAACAGUGACAACGGUGACAACAGUGACAACUGUGACAGCAGUGACAACAGUGACAACAGUGACAACGGUGACAACAGUGACAACGGUGACAAUGGUGACAAUGGUGACAACAGGUGUGAACAGUGACAACAGUGACAACAGUGACAAUGGUGACAACAGUGACAAUGGUGACAACGGUGACAACAGUGACAACGGUGACAAUGGUGACAACAGUGACAACGGUGACAACAGUGACAAUGGUGACAACGGUGACAACAGUGACAAUGGUGACAACAGUGACAACAGUGACAAUGGUGACAACAGUGACAACGGUGACAACAGUGACAAUGGUGACAAUGGUGACAACAGUGACAACGGUGACAAUGGUGACAACAGUGACAACGGUGACAACAGUGACAAUGGUGACAACAGUGACAAUGGGUGACAACGGUGACAAUGGUGACAGUGACAACGGUGACAACGGUGACAAUGGUGACAACAGUGACAACAGUGACAACGGUGACAACGGUGACAACGGUGACAACAGUGACAAUGGUGACAACGGUGACAAUGGUGACAACAAUGGUGACAAUGGUGGUGACAACGGUGACAAUGGUGACAACGGUGACAACGGUGACAACGGUGACAAUGGUGACAAUGGUGACAAUGGUGACAACGGUGACAAUGGUGACAACAGUGACAACGGUGACAAUGGUGACAAUGGUGGUGACAAUGGUGACAAUGGUGACAACAGUGACAAUGGUGACAAUGGUGACAAUGGUGACAACAGUGUGGUGACAAAGUGACAACAGUGACAAUGGUGGUGACAAUGGUGACAAUGGUGUGACAACAGUGACAAUGGUGACAACAGUGACAAUGGUGACAAUGGUGACAACGGUGACAAUGGUGACAAUAGUGACAACAGUGACAAUGGUGACAACAGUGACAACAGUGACAACAGUGACAACGGUGACAACAGUGACAAUGGUGACAACGGUGACAAUGGUGACAAUGGUGACAAUGGUGACAAUGGUGACAAUGGUGACAAUGGUGACAUGGUGGUGAGUGACAACGGUGACAACAGUGACAACGGUGACAACAGUGACAAUGGUGACAAUGGUGACAACAGUGACAAUGGUGACAAUGGUGUGGUGACAACGGUGACAAUGGUGACAACAGUGACAACGGUGACAACAGUGACAAUGGUGACAAUGGUGACAACGGUGACAACAGUGACAAAGGUGACAACGGUGACACGGGUGACAACAAUGGUGACAAUGGUGACAAUGGUGACAAUGGUGACAAUGGUGACAACAGUGACAAUGGUGACAAGUGGUGACAGUGACAACGGUGACAAUGGUGACAAUGGUGACAAUGGUGACAACAGUGACAAUGGUGACAAUGGUGACAACAGUGACAACAGUGACAAAGUGACAAUGGUGACAACAGUGACAAUGGUGACAAUGGUGACAAUGGUGACAAUGGUGACAAUGGUGACAAUGGUGACAAUGGUGACAAUGGUGACAACAGUGACAACAGUGACAAUGGUGACAACGGUGACAAUGGUGACAAUGGUGACAAUGGUGACAAUGGUGACAACAAUGGUGACAAUGGUGACAAUGGUGACAAUGGUGACAACAGUGACAAUGGGUGACAGUGGUGACAAUGGUGACAAUGGUGACAAUGGUGACAAUGGUGACAAUGGUGACAACAGUGACAAUGGUGACAACGGUGACAAUGGUGACAAUGGUGACAACAGUGACAAUGGUGACAACAGUGACAACAGUGACAAUGGUGACAAUGGUGACAACAGUGAUAACAGUGACAAUGGUGACAAUGGUGACAACAGUGACAACAGUGACAAUGGUGACAAUGAUGACAAUGGUGACAACAGUGACAACGGUGACAAUGGUGACAACAGUGACAAUGGUGACAUGGUGGUGACAACAGUGACAAAGUGGUGACAACGGUGACAACGGUGACAAUGGUGACAAUGGGUGACAAAGUGACAAUGGUGACAAUGGUGACAACAGUGACAACAGUGACAGUGGUGACAACAGUGACAAUGGUGACAACGGUGACAAUGGUGACAACGGUGACAAUGGUGACAAUGGUGACAAUGGUGACAAAGUGACAAGUGACAAUGGUGACAAUGGUGACAACAGUGACAAUGGUGAGUGACAAUGGUGACAACGGUGACAACAGUGUGACAACAGUGACAAUGGUGACAAUGGUGACAAUGGUGACAAUGGUGACAACGGGUGACAACAGUGACAAUGGUGACAACGGUGACAACAGUGACAACAGUGACAAUGGUGACAACAGUGACAACAGUGACAAUGGUGACGGUGACAACGGUGACAAUGGUGACAACAGGUGACAACAGUGACAAUAGUGACAAGAGUGAGAAGAGUGACAACGGUGACAAUGGUGACAACAGUUAAAACGGUGACAACGGUGACAACACUGACAACAGUGAAAACGGUGACUACAGUGACAACGGUGGUGACAACGGUGACAACAGUGACAACAGGGACAACGGUGACAACGGUGACAACAGUGACAACGGAGACAACGGUGACAAGUGACAAGAGUGAGAAGAGUGACAACGGUGACAACAGUGACAAUGGUGACAACACUGUUAACAUUGAGGACGGUGACAACAGUGACAACAGUCAGAAUGGUAACAAUGGUGAGAACGGUGACAACAGUGACAACAGUGAUAUUGGUAACAACAGUGACAAUGGUGACAAUGGUGACAACAGUGACCAUGGUAACAAUGGUGACAACGGUGACAAUGGUGACUAUAUUGACAUUAGUGACAAUGGUGACAACGGUGACAACGGCAACAACAGUGACAAGGGUGACAACGGUGACAACGGUGUCAACAGUAACAACAGUGACAACAGUUUCAAAGGUGACAAUGGUGACAACAGUGACAACAGUGAGGACCGUGACAACAGUGACAACGGUGACAAUGGUAACAAUGGUGACAACGGUGACAAUGGUGACAUCGGUGAUAACAGUGACAACACUGAGAUUGGUGACAACAGUGACAACGGUGACAAUGGUGACAAUGGUGACAACAGUGACAACAGUGACAAUGGUGAUGGUGGUGACAACAGACAACAGUGACAACAGUGACAAUGGUGACAACAGUGACAACGGUGACAACGGUGACAACGGUGACAACGGUGACAAAUGGUGACAAUGGUGACAACGGUGACAAUGGUGACAAUGGUGACAAUGGUGACAAUGGUGACAAUGGUGACAUGGUGACAACGGUGACAACAGUGACAACGGUGACAAUGGUGACAACGGUGACAAUGGUGACAACGGUGGUGACAACGGUGACAAUGGUGACAAUGGUGACAACAGUGACAAUGGUGACAACAGUGACAACAGUGACAAUGGUGACAACAGUGACAACGGGUGACAAUGGUGACAAUGGUGACAAUGGUGACAAUGGUGACAAUGGUGACAAUGGUGACAAUGGUGACAACAAUGGUGACAAUGGUGACAACAGUGACAACGGUGACAACGGUGACAACGGUGACAACAGUGUGAUGGUGACAAUGGUGACAAUGGUGACAAUGGUGAGUGACAAUGGUGACAACAGUGACAACGGUGACAAUGGUGACAAUGGUGACAACGGUGACAAUGGUGACAACAGUGACAAUGGUGACAACAGUGACAAUGGUGACACCAGUGACAAUGGUGACAAUGGUGACAAGAGGUGACAAUGGUGAUGACAACAGCGAGAUGACAAGUGACAACAGUGACAACAGGGACGACAGUGACAACGACGAGAACAGUGACAACAGUGAUAACGGUGACAAGUGACAACGGUGACAAUGGUGUAAUAGUGAUAACAGUGACCACAGUGACAACAGUGACAACGGUGACAACAGUGACAAGUGACAACGGUGACAAGUGACAACAGUGACAAUGGUGACAACAGUGACAACGGUGACAACGGUGAAAACAGUGACAACAGUGACGAGGGUGACAACGAUGACAACACUGACAAUAGUGACAACAGUGAGCAGAGCGACAACAGUGACAACGGUGAAAACGGUGACAACAGUGACAACAGUGACAACGGUGAUAAUAGUGACAAAGGUGACAACUGUGACAACAGUGACAAUGCUGACAAUAGUGACAACAGUGACAAGGGUGACAACAGUGACAACGGUGACAAUAGUGACAACGGUGACAAUGGUGACAAUAGUGACAACGGUGACAACAGUGUCAACGGUGACAACAGUGACAACAGUGACAACGGUGACAACAGCAACAACGGUGACAAUGGUGACAAUGGUGACAACAGUGACAACAGUGACAACAAUGUGAACACUAACAAUGGUGACAACAGUGACAACGGUGAUAACAGUAACAACAGUGAAAAUGGGGACGAUGGUGACAACGGUGACAAAGUGACAACGGUGACAACAGUGACGAUGGUGACAAUGGUGACAAUGGUGACAUGGUGACAACAGUGACAACGGUGACAACAGUGACGGUGACAACAGUGACAACAGUGACAAUGGUGACAACGGUGACAACGGUGACAAUGGUGACAACAGUGACAAUGGUGACAAUGGUGACAACAGUGACAACAGUGACAAGGGUGACAACACGGUGACAACGGUGACAGUGACAAUGGUGACAACAGUGACAAUGGUGACAAUGGUGACAAUGGUGACAACAGUGACAACAGUGACACUGGUGACAACAGUGACAACAGUGACAACAGUGACAAUGGUGACAACGGUGACAUGGUGACAAGUGACAACAGUGACAACAGUGACAAUGGUGACAACGGUGACAAAUGGUGACAACAGUGACAAAUGGUGACAAUGGUGACAAUGGUGACAAUGGUGACAAGGGUGACAAUGGUGACAACGGUGACAAUGGUGACAAUGGUGACAAUGGUGACAAUGGUGACAAUGGUGACAAUGGUGACAAUGGUGACAGUGAAAUGGUGACAACGGUGACAACAGUGACAACAGUGACAACGGUGACAAUGGUGACAAUGGUGACAAUGGUGACAAUGGUGACAAUGGUGACAAUGGUGACAAUGGUGACAAUGGUGACAACAGUGACAACAGUGACAGUGACAAUGGUGACAAUGGUGACAACAAGUGACAACAGUGACAACAGUGACAACGGUGACAACAGUGACAAUGGUGACAAUGGUGACAACAGUGACAAUGGUGACAAUGGUGACAAACGGUGACAACAGUGGUGACAAUGGUGACAACAGUGACAAUGGUGACAACAGUGACAAUGGUGACAACGGUGACAACGGUGAACAGUGACAACAGUGACGGUGACAAUGGUGACAAUGGUGACAAUGGUGACAACGGUGACAAUGGUGACAACGGUGUGACAACGGUGACAAAGUGACAAUGGUGACAACAGUGACAACGGUGACAACAGACAACAAUGGUGACAAGUGGUGACAACGGUGACAACGGUGACAACGGUGACAACGGUGACAAUGGUGACAACAGUGACAAUGGUGACAAUGGUGACAAUGGUGACAACAACAACAGUGACAAUGGGUGGUGACAACAGUGACAAUGGUGACAAUGGUGACAACAGUGACAAUGGUGACAAUGGUGACAAUGGUGACAACAGUGACAACAGUGACAAUGGUGACAAUGGUGACAGUGACAACAGUGACAACAGUGACAAUGGUGACAAUGGUGACAACAGUGACAAUGGUGACAAUGGUGACAAAGUGACAAUGGUGACAAUGGUGAACAGGUGACAACAGUGACAACGGUGACAAUGGUGACAAUGGUGACAACAGUGACAAUGGUGACAAUGGUGACAACAGUGACAAUGGGUGACAACAGUGAGUGACAACGGUGACAACAGUGACAACGGUGACAACAGUGACAAAGGUGACAACAAUGGUGACAACAAUGGUGACAAUGGUGACAAAUGGUGACAAUGGUGACAAUGGUGAUGGUGACAGUGACAACAGUGACAAGGGUGACAACAGUGACAAUGGUGACAAAUGACAACAGUGACAAUGGUGACAAUGGUGACAAAGUGGUGACAAUGGUGACAACAGUGGUGACAACAGUGACAACAGUGACAAAUGGUGACAAGGGUGACAACAGUGACAACGGUGACAACGGUGACAAUGGUGACAAUGGUGACAAUGGUGACAAUGGUGACAACAGUGACAAUGGUGACAAUGGUGACAAUGGUGACAACAGUGACAAUGGUGACAACGGUGACAACAGUGACAUGGUGGUGACAAUGGUGACAAUGGUGACAAUGGUGACAACAGUGACAAUGGUGACAACAGUGACAAAGUGACAAUGGUGACAAUGGUGACAACGGUGACAACAGUGACAAUGGUGACAACGGUGACAACAGUGACAACGGUGACAAUGGUGACAAUGGUGACAAUGGUGACAAUGGUGACAAUGGUGACAACAGUGACAACGGUGACAAUGGUGACAACAGUGACAAUGGUGACAAUGGUGACAAUGGUGACAAUGGUGAUGGUGACAAUGGUGACACUGGUGACAAUGGGGACAAUGGUGACAACAGUGACAAUGAUGACAACGGUGACAACAGUGACAAUGGUGACAAGAGUUACAACAGCGACGACGGUGACAACAGUGACAACGGUGACAACAGUGACAACGGUGACAAAGGUGAUAACAGUGACAACGGUGACUACAGUGACAAUAGCGACAACGCCGACAACGGUGACAACAUUGACAACAGUGACAACGGUAAGAAUGGUAAUUACGGUGAAAACAGUGACAACAGUGACGAGGGUGACAACGAUGACAACACCGACAAUAGUGACAACAGUGAGCAGAGCGACAACAGUGACAACGGUGAAAACGGUGACAACAGUGACAACAGUGACAACGGUGAUAAUAGUGACAACGGAGACAACAGUGACAACGGUGACAAUGGUGACAACAGUCACGAGACAACGGUGGCUACGGUGACAACAGUGACAACGGUAACAAUGGAAACUACAGUGACAACGGUGAUAACAGUGACAACGGAGACAACAGUGACAACGGUGACAACAGCAACAACACUGACAACGGUGACAAUGGUGAGAACAGUGACAACAGUGACAAUGCUGUGAACACUAACAAUGGUGACAACAGUGACAACGGUGAUAACAGUAACAACAGUGAUAACGGUGACGAUGGUGAGAAUGGUGACACAAAGACAACGGUGACAACAGUGACACUGGUGACAAUGGUGACAACAGUGACAACAGUGACAACGGUGACAACAGUGACAACAGUGACAACGGUGACAACAGUGACAAAGGUGACAACGGUGACAACAGUGACAAUGGUGACAAUGGUGACAAUGGUGACAACAGUGAAAAUGGUGACAACAGUGACAACAGUGACAACAGUGACAACGGUGACAACAGUGACAAUGGUGACAAUGGUGACAACAGUGACAACUGUGACAACGGUGACAACAGUGACAACAGUGACAACGGUGACAACAGUGACAAAGGUGACAACGGUGACAACAGUGACAAUGGUGACAACGGUGACAAUGGUGACAACAGUGACAAUGGUGACAAUGGUGACAACAGUGACAAUGGUGACAAUAGUGACAAC